AUGGUUCAAGCUCGCCCGUGGAGUCGUCAGGGGAGGCUCCCCUGGGGAGCAGUCAAGCACGCUGCUCAGUGCAAUAACGACGAUGUCGACAUCAACUCCGAUGAUGAUGAUGAUGAUGAUGAUGAUGAUGACGGUAGUGCAGAGCAGGAGUUCGGCCACGGUGACGAUUUGAAGCCUAGCCAGAACAGCUCCACUCAAGUUGGAGGCGAUCAUUCUUCGCACUGCCCGGGGAAGUGUCAGCGGGUGGAUAUUACCAGCCAGGAUGUGACACUUGAGUCCCGCGCACCGGUGUCCCCUGAUGACGAACCUCCUCAGCCUUCUGUAUAUUCUGAUGCUGGUCUAUCCUCUUCAAUCGUGGACUUAUUUCACAAGACUGGUAACCAUCGUUCCCAACCAUCACCAAGCGCAUCGACCGGUAAGGUUGAAGGUGCAUCCCAAGGAUCGGUGCCUCAGCGGCCUAAGCCAAACUCUCAGUGUUCGGCGGAGGAACCCAAUGCAUCAACAGAGGAGCUCGAUGGAUCGCCUGAGUGUAGGCCAUCGUCCUCAACCGCGUCGCCUAACUGGUUGGUACAUGAUACUCAACUUGGCGAGUUCCGUCUCACUGUUCUGGAUCGUCACGACUUAGCUUCACCUUGUACCGAAAUUUCCGACAUGGCUGUUGGUACCUGGAUGGCCCUACUGGGUACUAGGUGCUUAUGUUUGCUGCGGUUUCCUCCGAUGGCUCCAGCAUCAUUAGAGGUUAUGAAAACACAGCUUGAGGGCAUCCCGAAGGCUCCUAGCCUCAGCAAUGCACCCUCGAUCAUCCAACCCUUAUACGACUAUGGAGCUAAGCAUUUUGCCCUCGCUGUCAGGAAUCAUGAGGGACUAGUGCUAUAUCUCGAUAGCGCACUGGGUAUGAACGCGAUUCCCGGACCUAUGCGUGAAGUGAUGACCGCUAUCUUCGGCAAAGGUACAAAGUGCGUAUGUUUGCGCACACAACAGCAGACACCCGGAUCUGCAAACUGCGGCCUCUUCACAUUGGCGUGGGCGACAGAGUACGCCCUCCAACGAGCGACUGUCGAUCCGGAGAAGGCCAUCUACGAUGAGGAAAAAAUGCGGGAUCAUGCGGUUCGUUGUCUGCAGGAGAAGAGACUAAAGCCAUUCCCACGAAAACGCGGAAGGCCCGGCAAAAACAACCGCCUUCAGGGCCGGAUGGAUAUCGAGCUGUAA